UAGUUGAAAUAUAAAACAGGUCGCGCACGCGUUCCGUUUAGUUCUACGUCAGAUAUCAUACGGAUCGUGCUGUAAUCAAAUUCGUUGAAAGUGCUGGUUUUGUGGUAAUGACUUCAUACACGGACAAAGGAAAAAAACCAGAAGCAGGAAGAUUCCUUGCAUUUGACCACCUCACGUAUUGGGUUUCAAACGCGAAACAGGCAGCGAGUUACUAUGUGACGCGUUUCGGCUUCGAACCACUGGCCUUUGCAGGACUGGAGACUGGAGUGCGCAAGACCGCUUCAUACGCAGUCAGGUUGAAUAAGAUCAUCUUCGUAUUCCAAGCGCAAUAUGAACCUGAAGAGACGACCUUCAACAAGGAGGUGGCCUACCAUGGAGACUUCGUGAAGGAUGUAGCCUUCCAAGUUGAGAACUUGGACUACAUUGUGGAGUACGCAAGGAAGCAGGGAGCGAAAGUAGUCAAGGACAUUUGGGAGGAGAAAGACGAGCAUGGAGUGGUCCGGAUGGCGGUUUUGAAGACGUAUGGAGACAACACACAUACAUUGGUCGACAGAUCAAACUAUACUGGAUCUUUCCUACCUGGAUAUGCUCCACUCAACCUCGACCCGAUUAACAAAUUCUUGCCAAAGAUCGAAAUCAACUUCAUCGACCAUGUGGUGGGGAACCAGCCUGAUGGUGAGAUGGAGCCCGCCGCAACGUGGUACGAAAAAUGCCUCCAGUUCCAUAGAUUCUGGUCAGUAGACGACAAGCAAGUAUGCACGGAGUACUCAGCCCUCCGGUCGGUGGUCAUGGCCAACUGGGAGGAAAAUGUGAAGGUGCCCAUCAACGAGCCCGCUCCUGGCAAGAAGAAGAGUCAAAUCCAGGAGUACGUGGAGUACCAUGGAGGAGCUGGGGUGCAGCACAUUGCUAUAAAUACUGAGGACAUUAUUACUGCUAUCGUGAAUCUUCGUGCCCGCGGUGUCGAAUUCCUCUCCAUCCCAUCUGAGUACUACACCAUCAUCAGGGAACGCUUGAAGCACAGCAAGGUCCGCGUUGCCGAGAGCAUAGACACGCUAGAGCGACUGAACAUCCUGAUUGACUACGAUGACGAUGGCUACUUGCUUCAGAUAUUUACUAAGAAUACUCAGGACCGCCCCACUCUUUUCCUAGAAGUCAUCCAGAGAAGAAACCAUAAUGGUUUCGGAGCUGGAAACUUCAAAACACUCUUCGAAUCAAUAGAAUUGGAGCAAGAAAAACGUGGAAACUUAUAAAUGUACUUAUAGAAUAAGUAAUACAUACCUAGUUAAUGAUGUAAGAUAAGAAAUUGUAAUGAAACAAUGACCAAACAUUUAAAUCUUCAGUUAUCUUGUUACAACUGUUUCGAUUUCGUAUAUUUCAUAUUCCUAAGAAGCAUACAAAAUUUCCCUUAUACAUGCAACCCGGUCGAGUUAACUGCGCACCAGGCGGCCGUGACGUCACAUCGAGACCCUGGUAAGGGGGGCCAAUGCGGGGAGGCACGCGGUUGAGUGCAAGGGAGAGACGCAUUCUAGCUAGAUGCGCAGUUAACAUGACCGAGUUGUACUACCUAGAAUUACAAGUGUAUCGACCCGCUGUUAAAGUUGUAAUAAAAAGGUUAAAUAAAAAAACUUAUUACAAGAUUGUCGUUUUAUUGGAUUACCGUUGAUUAACAUCAAUACGUUUCGUCAUAUUUAACACCAAUUAGAUCUUGAUACGAGUACGUAUUUACAACACACAGAUAUGUAUGUAUGUGAAAAAAUGCACAUAAUUCCAAAAUAAACUUUAUGUGAAUCUGCAGGUCUAAAGAAGAUUAUCACUUUAUCUCCAACACUUUAAAUAAAGUGAACAAACCUUCUUUACACCAAUUUAUAAAGGGAUACGUAAAAACCUUCAAUUUUUUCUACAAAUCACUUUAUAAAAGACAGCGCUAAUCAGAUUUAGCCAACAUUUAAAAAUAAAUCCACGUUGGCUGUAAAACCUAGAUUCCUUUGCCAAUGUCGCUGUUACCACAGAUUCACAAGCACCAAAAUAAUCACAAAACCGCUGGACAUAACAAACGAAUAUAAUUUGUCUAAAAUCGUCUAUAAGUAUCGUUAGGUAUGCGUCUAGGUUGAAUGUAAAAACUGGCGCACACGAUACAACAUUUUACAAAAAGACGUUACAAUUCUGUGAGGAUUUCUCGUAAAAUACACUCACAAGUAUCUUGUAAAUAAAUGUAUCGUGUGCGUUGU